AUGCCUACUCGUAUCCAACUUGAAGCUGCCGCCUCUGAAGUCAUUUCUGUUCUUAAGGGGAUAAGAGAGUUCUCCAAUGCCCGGAUUGCAGUCAUUGGCGGGCUAGCUCUUUGGAAAUAUCUGCCCAAUGGUAGAACCACUGAGGACGUUGACUUCAUUAUCAACAUCGAUAGUGCUCCGCAGGGAGUCAAGCAGAGGCUCCUGAGCCUUCCUAACUCUCCCUUCAUUCAACAAGCCCAAUUUUUCUACUAUAAGCAUGGGUCAACGUAUACUCAAAUUGACAUCACUCCUCAAUGGCAGUCUCCAUAUAUGCCAACUGCUGCAUUGGAAGUUAGGACCGUGCCAAACGGUGUUAUCCCCUACAUCUCGCCAAGUGAUCUUAUUGUUUUCAAGAUCAACUCUUGCGGGUUGCGAGCUCAAGCGGCCAAGAAGCGUACCGAUGCCGCGGAUGCUCAGGCGUUGCUGGAGUUUGCGACUAAGUCUUCGGCUCUAAGUCUGACGAGUGCUCAGAGAGCUGUUGUGGAACCUUGCAUCGCUGAUGUUGUUACUCAUGGAUCGAAGAAAGAAAAGUGGUGGAAGGAGCGCCUCGGUCUUUGA